AUGUAUGGUAAAUGUUUGUUUUGUAGUGGUAAAAUUUUGCCUAAGGAUAUCUUACACUGUAGUUUUUGCGAUUCAGUUACACACUGCAAGUGUGCAGGAAUUUCUGAUUCAUCAUUUAAAGAAUUUCAGAAUGCCUCUGGUUUUCUGUGGAGUUGUGACAGUUGUCAGGAUCAGGACUGCAACAGCACAAUCAACGCUCAAAUUAAAGAUAUCAAGGCAAGGGUUGAUGAAAGAACAACUGAUUGUGAUGUUGAUGGCAAAAUGAGUAUACUUCAAGAUAAUCUUAGUAAGUCAUUUGCUGAAGCGUUGAAGGAUAUGAUUGCUAAAAAUAAUGAUAUUCUUGUUAAUAAAAUGGAAGCACUUCAAGUGGAUUUGAAAAAGUCAUAUUCUGAUGCUUUGAAAGAUGUUGUUGUUGACAAGGUUGUUAAUGUUAAUGAUAAAAUGGUGAAUAUAAAUGAUGGCAUACAAUCGUUAAAGAAUGAACUUUUGGUAACAAAAGAUACUAUAAAAUCCCUCAGUGAGGCAGAAGAAAGAUCUUGCAACAUAAUAAUUUUUAAAUUAAAAGAAAGUAAUGACCAGAGUUUCAGUGAUGGUAAACGACAAGAUGUUGAAAGAAUUGCCCGUAUUUUGCAAACAUUAAUUAAUGAUAAAAUCGAUAAAUCAAGUAUAAUAAAACAUUAUAGGCUAGGCAAGAAAUCGGAUAAAAUUAGACCAUUGUUGGUCCAACUAAAUUCUAAAGUCUUAAAAAAUUUAAUCAUGAAAAAUUUGUCUAAUCUGAAAAAGUUGAAUGAAGAUUUGAAAAGAAUCAGCAUCAGUCAUGACUUGACAAGGGAGAAACGGGCAGAAUAUAAAAAGUGGAUAGAAAUUGCUAAGGAGAAAGAAGCUGCUGAAAAGGAAGAUUUUGUAUAG